AUGGGAAAGUUAAGUAAAGAUAGAAGAGACAUUUAUUACCGAAAAGCAAAAGAAAAUGGUUAUAGAGCUAGAAGCUCUUAUAAGCUAAUUCAGAUAAAUGAAAAGUUCGAAAUUUUUAAAUUAUUUGAUCCAAAUAUGUAUAAUAAAAAUGAAAAUGCUUUAAUUAAUAUAUAUAAUGAAAAUUUUUGUUACAACAUUGUUGAUUUAUGUGCUGCCCCAGGUAGUUGGUCACAAGUUCUUAAAAAUAUUUGUUUAUACAAUUAUUAUCAAAUUUUGUAUUUUAUAAAUAAAAAGAAUUAUGAUAGUAAUGAAGAAAAAUUAAGACAUCUAGAAAAUAAGGAAUUUAUAGAAAAUUUUUCAUUAUAUAUUAACAACAAUGACACAUUAGAAAGUAAAAUAAGUAAUCUAAAGAAAGAUAAAUCAAUAAAAGAGCCUAAAAUUAUAGCAGUUGAUUUGCAAGAAAUAGGUAAUAUGAAUUAUGUACAUAUUAUACAAGGAGACAUUACAAAAAUGUCAACCAUAGAUAAAAUUUUAAAAUGUAUGAAUAGUAAAGAUGAAAUGAACAACGAAGAAAGUAUUAAAUGUGAAUAUGAUAACAAUAAAUCCCUAAAUAAUAAAAUUUUAAAUAAAACAACGACACCAAAUAGCUUCUCCUAUGCAAACACAGUUGUUUGUGAUGGUGCUCCAGAUAUAACAGGUAUGAAUGAUAUAGAUGAAUUUAUUCAAUCCCAAUUAAUUUUAUCUAGUUUAAAGGUUUGUUGUUCUAUUUUAAAAAUAGGGGGAAACUUUAUUAGUAAAAUUUUUAGAGGAGAACAUACAGGAUUAUUAGUUUUACAUUUAAACAAAUUUUUCGAAAAAAUUUACAUAUGUAAACCUCAGAGUAGCAGAAAUAAAAGUUUAGAAGCUUUUCUUGUUUGUCUUAAUUUUUCUCUACCACUAUCUAAUAUUAUUGCUUUAAGUGACCAUAACAAGAAAAAGAGUUUUAAUAACAAAAAUUUUACUCAUGAGCAAAUUAGAAAAAUGCAUACACUAUUUAUUACUAAGAAAGACGAUGAAAAAAAAAUUAAUAAUUCAAAAGAUGAUAAAAAGAAAAAUACUAAAGGAAAUUCAGAAAUGUAUGAUGAAAAGGAUAAUCAAAGAAAUAAGUAUAAAAAAGAUGAAAACGAAGAUGAAGAUGAUAAUGAAGAUGAAAAUAAAUAUGAGGAUGAGGACGAGGAUGAAGAUAAGGAUGAAUAUGAAUGUGAAUAUGAAGGUGAAAUUGGAGAUAUAAUUGAAAGUGAAGAUGAAGAUGAAGAUGAAGAUGAAGGUGAAAAUGAAAAUAAUGAUUUAAUAACUAGAGAAUUUAGAAAAAAUAAAAAUGAAGAUAGUGAAAAAGGAAAUACAGAAAUAAAAAUAAGAGAUGAAAAUAAAAAUAAAGAAAAUUAUGACAAAUAUAAUGUAAUAUAUGAUAAAUUUACUAUAAAUAAUGAAGCAUCAUGCGCAAAUAGUACUAAAGGAAUUGAAAAAAAUGAAAACAUGCCAAGCAUCACAGAAUUAGAAGUAGAUGAAGAUACAGUUAACAUAUUAGGGAAUAAAAAUAUUGAUAUAUUUAAUUUUUAUUGUUCUGACAGCGAUGAAGAAAUAAAGUAUUUUAAUUCAGAAGACGAAGAAAUUGUUAAUGACUAUAUUGCAUCGGAAAAUUUUAUGAAUAAUAAAUUAUUUUCAUUUGUUACUACAAAAAAUUAUUACGAUUCUGAUAAAUCAUAUUUACUACCUCAAAAUUAUAUAAGACAUGAACCACAGUUGAUGCCAUUAAAGCCUCCAUAUUUAUUAUCAUUACAAAAAAAAAGGCAAGAAACAAAAAAAUUGUAA